CAAUAUUUUUGCCAAGAUGUCAGGAAUAAAAAGAGCAGCUGGAGAGUCUGGCACAUCCAUGCCUCCGGAGAAGAAGGCAGCUGUGGAAGACUCAGGGACCACGGUGGAGACCAUAAAACUAGGAGGUGUUUCUUCAACGUGAAAUCAGAAGCAAGACUCGUCUGAGAGUGAGGCUGGGGGAGGAAGUUUUGGAGGUUUGAAGAGACAGGAGAAGGAGGAAUUAGACAUUAAAACACUGCAAACCAAGAAUCGCAAGCUGGCGGAAAUGCUGGAUCAACGGCAGACCAUUGAAGAUGAACUCCGUGAGCACAUUGAAAAACUGGAGCGAAGGCAGGCUACUGAUGAUGCCUCAUUGCUGAUCGUCAACCGCUACUGGAGUCAGUUUGAUGAAAAUAUCCGUAUCAUCCUUAAACGCUAUGAUUUGGAGCAUGGUUUGGGAGACCUCCUCACAGAAAGAAAAGCCCUUGUUGUGCCUGAGCCAGAACCAGACUCUGAUAGCAACCAGGAGCGGAAAGAUGAUAGAGAGAGAGGGGAAGGGCAAGAACCAGCUUUCUCUUUCCUUGCUACUUUGGCCAGUAGUUCCAGUGAAGAGAUGGAAUCUCAGCUUCAGGAGCGUGUAGAGUCUUCCCGUCGAGCUGUGUCCCAGAUUGUGACCGUCUAUGAUAAAUUGCAAGAGAAAGUGGAGCUCUUAUCGCGAAAGCUAAAUAGUGGAGAUAAUCUGAUAGUGGAGGAAGCAGUACAGGAGCUGAAUUCCUUCCUUGCACAAGAGAAUAUGAGACUGCAGGAAUUGACAGACCUCCUUCAGGAGAAGCAUCACACCAUGUCUCAGGAGUUCUCCAAGCUGCAGAGUAAAGUGGAAACAGCUGAAUCCCGAGUGUGUGUCCUGGAGUCCAUGAUUGAUGACCUACAGUGGGAUAUUGACAAAAUUCGAAAGCGGGAGCAGCGACUCAACAGACACUUAGCAGAAGUUCUAGAACGGGUGAAUUCAAAAGGUUAUAAAGUCUAUGGUGCGGGUAGCAGUCUUUAUGGAGGCACAAUCACCAUCAAUGCUCGGAAGUUUGAGGAAAUGAAUGCAGAGCUUGAGGAGAACAAAGAGCUGGCUCAGAACCGGCACUGUGAGCUGGAGAAACUUCGUCAAGACCUUGAGGAAGUCACUACACAGAAUGAAAAACUGAAGGUGGAAUUGCGGAGUGCAGUUGAGGAGGUGGUUAAGGAGACCCCAGAAUAUCGCUGCAUGCAGUCACAGUUCUCUGUUCUGUACAACGAGAGCCUGCAGUUGAAAGCACACUUGGAUGAGGCUCGGACCCUGCUUCAUGGCACUAGAGGGACCCACCAGCGCCAGGUUGAACUCAUUGAGCGAGAUGAGGUUAGUCUUCAUAAGAAGCUGAGGACUGAAGUUAUCCAGCUAGAAGAUACACUGGCCCAGGUUCGCAAGGAAUACGAAAUGCUGCGGAUAGAAUUUGAGCAAACCCUUGCUGCCAAUGAACAAGCAGGUCCCAUAAAUCGGGAGAUGCGUCACCUUAUCAGUAGCCUCCAGAAUCAUAAUCACCAGCUGAAAGGGGAGGUCCUAAGAUACAAGCGGAAACUGAGAGAAGCCCAGUCAGACCUGAACAAGACACGUCUGCGCAGUGGCAGUGCCCUCUUGCAGUCUCAGUCUAGUACUGAGGACCCUAAAGAUGAACCUGCAGAGCUAAAACAAGAUUCUGAAGACUUACCCAGUCAGUCCUCUGCAUCAAAGGCAUCUCAGGAGGAAGUUAAUGAAAUUAAGUCCAAACGGGAUGAAGAAGAACGAGAACGAGAAAGGAGGGAGAAAGAGAGAGAGCGAGAAAGAGAGAGGGAGAAGGAAAAGGAAAGAGAACGAGAGAAGCAGAAAUUAAAAGAGUCAGAAAAAGAGAGAGAUUCUGCUAAGGACAAAGAGAAAGGAAAACAUGAUGAUAUAAGGAAAAAGGAAGCAGAAAUUAUCAAACAACUGAAGAUUGAACUCAAAAAGGCACAGGAAAGCCAAAAGGAGAUGAAACUAUUACUAGAUAUGUACAGGUCAGCCCCAAAGGAACAGAGAGACAAAGUUCAGCUAAUGGCAGCUGAGAAGAAGUCUAAGGCAGAGUUGGAAGAUCUAAGACAAAGACUCAAGGAACUAGAGGAUAAAGAGAAAAAAGAAAACAAGAAAAUGGCUGAUGAGGAUGCCUUAAGGAAGAUCCGGGCAGUCGAGGAGCAGAUAGAAUACCUGCAGAAGAAGCUGGCCAUGGCCAAGCAGGAGGAAGAAGCUCUCCUCUCUGAGAUGGAUGUCACAGGCCAGGCUUUUGAGGACAUGCAGGAACAAAAUAUCCGUUUGAUGCAGCAGUUGCGGGAAAAGGAUGAUGCAAAUUUCAAGCUUAUGUCAGAACGUAUUAAGUCCAAUCAGAUCCAUAAGUUGCUUAAAGAAGAGAAGGAGGAACUAGCAGACCAGGUUUUGACUUUGAAGACGCAGGUUGAUGCCCAGUUACAGGUAGUAAGGAAGUUGGAAGAGAAGGAGCAUCUAUUACAAAGCAACAUUGGCACAGGGGAAAAAGAACUGGGUCUUAGGACCCAAGCCUUAGAGAUGAAUAAACGCAAGGCUCUGGAAGCAGCCCAACUUGCAGAUGACCUUAAAACACAGUUGGAGUUAGCGCAGAAGAAACUGCAUGAUUUUCAGGAGGAGAUUGUGGAGAACAGUGUCACCAAAGAAAAGGACAUGUUCAAUUUCAAACGAGCCCAGGAGGACAUCUCCAGACUUCGAAGGAAGCUGGAGACAACAAAAAAACCAGACAAUGUACCCAAAUGUGAUGAAAUUCUAAUGGAGGAGAUUAAGGAUUACAAGGCACGUCUGACCUGUCCAUGUUGUAACAUGCGUAAAAAGGAUGCUGUACUUACCAAGUGUUUUCAUGUUUUCUGCUUUGAGUGUGUGAAGACACGCUACGAUACUCGCCAACGCAAAUGUCCCAAGUGUAAUGCAGCUUUUGGUGCCAAUGAUUUCCAUCGCAUCUACAUUGGUUGAUACAAACCAAAAGAAAGGGGGCUGGCUAGACAGACAUUUGUUCAUUAACUACCAAACCUCUACCUCUCUUUUCUUGACUGUCACCUACAGGGCAGUUUUUCUGUCAACUGCCUUUCACAGACUUUAAGUCCAGGUUCUCCUCUCUAAUUGUCAUGUAAAUUAUGGGAGGUGUACUGUUAAUUGCUAACCUUAGGUUUUAGGAUGAAAUUAGAAGUGAACAACUCUUACUGUUUCCCCUGCCAGCUUCGUUUAACUUCCUACUUUCGCAUUCAACAUUUUGUUCCUCAGGCUCACUGCAUAAUAGUGAAUUGUCCGUUCCUCCUGAAGAAGUCAAGGUGGUAUUUUUGAUACGGAGAAGGGAACAAAGAGUGGAGAUACAUAGCUACUUAGGGGGGGUGAGUGAUAUUUUAGGACUAAGCUAUCUGUAUGGGCACAAAAUUUUCUUGAUUUGGGCAGUAAACUUUUGUAAACCUGGGUUUAUAAAAAUGAUACAGUUUUGUUACUCUUUCCUGGAUGGUUUUGAAGCCUUAAUGAAAUUAUGUCCAGGAUGAGUAAUUUCAUUUCCUAUUCAAUAGCAGAGUAACUUGUUAAGGUCAGAUGGCUUCAUUGUCAAAUAACUUAAGUUUUGACAAUUCUGUUCAUCAAAAUAUUAAAAUUUUUAAGGCCAGAAUAAUUUCAAGUCAUAAAGUCCCUUUUACCUUACAAUCAAAUGAGGAUUGGAGAGGAUAGGAACAGGACUGAGUCAGUAAAGUGAUUGUCCAGAAUCUGAGAACUUAAUACAGGGAGGACUUGGUGCACUAUGAAUUAUUCUUAGAAUUCUCUCUGCAGAGAUUGCUGUGAUCUGUUGUUGUCUGUUACAGAAGAUUCUCUGUAAUGUUUCUGUAAGACUUGAUACAACAUAAACGUCAAAUAAAGCAGAA